CUAGUGAACAUUUUUAAUGUCUAAAAGAUGACAAGAAGUGAACACAUUGCCGUAGUCAGCGGUUUCAAUCCACUCCAUAAAAUGUCUCCAACCACUGAUUCUUGAUAACUCGAGGACCCUAGUCAGUCAUUAUACAUCCCUCUAUAUGAGUCAUACUAGCAGUCAAUGACCUCAUGGAUUGGUGUCUUGCUUUUGUAUAACCGUCACCGAAAUCUCUUCAAGUCUGAUAUUAACAUAACUGAAAAUGUCCGAUGCGAAAUUUGGUGGCUUGUCAUGCACAACGAAUACCCUAACCUCUUCAGUCAGUGAUGUGGAAAAAACACAAGGAAUGGUUUCAGCUAACCUAUUUAAACUUUUCUGCCUAAACGAUAAUGGAAAGUUGAUUCAUUAAAACCAAUGCAUUCAGAAUUCUCACAUUUGUACAGCUAAAGAAAGAUAUGUGAAAACGACUAGCUAGUGCAGUGCAGUAUGUUAUGUAGAUAUGCAACGAAGAUUUCUAUCGUAGGUAAAAUGUUUGACUUUCUAAGUUCUGAUUUCUAACUGUGGACGUUUCCACAUCAGAAUGACGACGUCCUCAGCUUUAACUGCAUUAAGAAAUGUCGUAUCCUGUGAGUGGCUGAGGCUAUGAUUCUCACCCCGAUAUCUGUAUUAGUAGGUGUAAUAACACCGAACGUCUUGCUUGUUGGUUAUUAGUAGUUUGAUGUACAACUGGAGUAAGCAUGUCAACUGAUUAGUAUCUUUGAAGAGCAGUGUCAUGUGACUAAAAGUCCUAAGAUAUAUUCGGAACCUUAUCCCCCAUUUCAGUGAGAUUUUUCAAGUUGACGAGAAGAUAAGUUACUUUCUUAAAGACACUCAAAUAAACCUGCAUGUUGUACAGUGAAAAGUAUUGACGCUGUCCACUAAGCUCACUAAUUGUAUGCCUAUGGUUUCUGUUCUGUGGCUUUUUUCCUAUGCCGCGUUAUUAUUUUAUUUAUUUGUUGUCCUAUUUUGCAUUGCCGUUGGAUUGUUUUAUGUUACUGAGUUAGUUGAAGAAUAUAUUGUCACUACGGGGAAGAUAAUACGUUAUACAAUAUAUGCAGAGUUCAUACUUCAUUUUAUUCUGUUUUUCACAGAUGAUGUUUCUGUAUUACUAACAUUAACUGGACUGACAUGUCACUGUUUUUACAUUUCUAUGUUAAAAACAUUUCCUGCCUUUCAUUAUCAGUCCUUUAGCUUUUUGGGUAGUACAUGUAUGUUGAUUAUUCACCAUUUUGUUGCAUUUCAUGUAUUUUUGGGUAAUCAAAUUCCAUUUUCCUAUCUUAUAGCAUACUUCACAUUUUUCCUAUGGGCUGUUCCCUUUCUCUUUCUUAUCUCUUUAUCAGCUAAUGAUUUUGUCUUACCACAAACAGUUGAUUUACGAUCAUCUUAUGAGACUGACUUUCUUUUACAUGGUCAACAGGAGCACGAUGUUGUUUCUGCAUAUUUAAAGCGUAAAAGAAAAAGCCUUUAUUCUUUACUUGCUUCUAUGCGUGAAUUCAGUUUGCCUUUACGUUCAAAGAAAGGUUUUUAAUUUUCAAUAAUAUUGUUUUGUAUUACUUGAUCUAAAUAGGAAUUACAAUGGGUUUGUGAUUUCUUUUGGAUCUGGUUGGGGUGUCGUAAUGUGAUACUUUGAUCUUUUCAUAAACCUACUCAGCCUAAUUAAGAUGGAGCGUAUUUUCUUUCCAUUUGCAUGGCGACUGGUGAAUAAUAAAUUAUUGGGAGGUGAUUUUUUUUCUAAUAAUAGUGGAUAUAGUAUUGUUGCUGUCCAAAUAUAUUAC